UUCGCCUUUCUGGUCCUACGGCAUCAAGACGAAUCCCUCCGCCAGGUGACAUUGCCUUACCCCCCGGGGAAUCUGUUUCGGCAGAUAAUUGGGACUGAUUCUAUUUUCUGGUGUUGACGUUCUAUAUUAAAGAAAAGUCAUGACCAAAGAGCGUAUUAAAUUGUGCGUCGGGGGUCUGUAUUUUACAACGUCAGCUGAGGUUCUGUCAAGAUUUCCUGAAACCAAGCUCGGUCAAAUAAGUCCUGCGUGCCAGUACUAUGACGGGACUGCAGAUGAGUACUAUUUCGACAGAGAUCCUGAUGUGUUCAGCUGUAUUCUCAACAUGUAUAGGACAUCCGAGCUUCACCUCCCGUCCAACAUUUGUGGGAAUGCCAUACGACGGGAACUGGACUUUUGGGAGAUUCCUGAGAAUCAGAUCUCCGAGUGUUGUUGGCUCAUUAUGUUCCAAGUGGACCAAGGCGAGGAGAUCAACAAGGAUUUGGCUGCCAACUUUGGUAAGUCGUCCAAAGAGGAAACAGGGUCACCUUGCGGAAAAGUCAGGGAUCGGCUUUGGAAAUGCCUUGACCAACCAAACUAUUCACGGAUUGCAAAGAUAUGGAACACUGUCUUUAUGAUCCUUGUGGCUGUGUCUGCUAUCCUCUAUUGUCUGGAAACCAUGUUUGAAUUUCGUGAGUUACGUCCGGGUGCUUCUUCCAACAGUUCAUAUCGAAAGUUCCGAAGUGGAAAUAAUUUGAAGAUUGAACUGCUGAUGUUUACGAAGGUCAACGAUUACGUUUAUGUCAUUGAUGUAAUUUGCCUCUGCAUCUUUACCGUAGAGCUCAUCCUUCACUUCCUGUCAUGCGCACAGAAACGGAAGUUCAUGAAGAGGUUCCUCACCUGGGUUGACAUUGUUUCGAUUUCAGGUGGAUGGAGUGUGUUGAUCAGCGAGAUUGGAUUUUUGCAUGGAUUCGUUCCCCAAACCUAUGACAUGUUCGUUUUGUAUGUAGUACUACGGAGCUUCUAUAUCUUCCGUCUCUUUCGCUUUUUACGACUUUCUGAGCGGUUUACCGGACUGAAAGUGAUAUUUUUGGCCAUCAACCGUAGCAAAUCGGAACUAAUCCUGUUGAUGUCCUGCUUCACGAUUAUUGCGACAGUUUUUGGAUCUAUACAAUAUUAUUGCGAAUUUGAAAACAAUGCCUUCGACACCAUACCAAUAUCAAUCUGGUGGGCAGUAGUUACUAUGACAACGGUAGGAUAUGGGGACUAUGUGCCCUCUGGGGUGUGUGGUUACCUGGUUGGGUCGGUCUGUUCUCUGCUCGGAAUUCUUGUCAUUCCGAUGCCCAUUGCCGUAAUCGCUGCCAAUUUCAAUGACUUCUACAAGCGAAACCAACAACGUCAACAGCGUUUGAAGAAACAGAAGCGACCUCCUGAUCCGUGUUCUGUUGUCAAAGUUAACCCAUGUUGAUCAAAGUUAACAUGUUAACCCUGUAUUAAAGUAAGCUCUGUUUAUUAACGUUAACGACUGUUUAUGGAUGUUGUAAGUAAGUAUUCAUUUUUUUAUGCUUGUCGUAAAAGGCGGCUGACAGGAUCGGGUGGUCAGGCUCGCAGAAUUGGUUGUCACAUGUCAUCGACCCCAAUUGCGUGGGACGCGUGAAGAU